AUGUACCUGAGCAUGUCACAAGAACACUUGUUAUACGAGCCGAGCCCCGCUGUGUCGGUGCGGAUUGUUCUGGAUGGCUUGGCCAUCAUGCAAGACCAUGCGGCUUUGCUGUACAAUAAUGAGCCAGAUUUCGACAAACUGAUCUUUUCAUACUGUCGGCCUUAUGGAGGAAAAAGUGACAAGAUUCCGCAAAAAAUACGAUACGUAGAUGUUUUGUGGUGUGAGCAUGAACCGGAGGUGGCGUCAAAUUGCGUCAACUUGACUUUUGUACACCAACAUACAAUUGUUCAGAUGCAAGUUCAUGUAGAUAUUGCCGAUUUUAGCGAUCACGAUAAUGACAUUUCGUCGUAUAUUUUGUCUCAUGCAUACACUAAUGGCCUCAUGAAACCUUCCAUAUACGUGCUUCUCAAUCCUCAUGGUGGUACGGGUCUGGCAAGAUCCAUUUACGACAAGCAUAUUGAAAAGGUUUUAAAGGCUGCAAAUGCAGACAUAACUUUUGUAGAAACCACCUACCUGGGCCAUGCCACCGACUUGAUGCGAGAACUUGAUGUUAGUAAGUACGAUAUUAUUGUGUGUUGCUCGGGAGAUGGUAUACCGUUUGAGGUAAUCAAUGGGUUUUAUUCUCGGCCCGACAAAGGAGUUUCUGCAUUUAACAAGUUGGCAGUUACCCAGCUUCCUUGUGGGUCUGGUAAUGCCUUGAGUCUUAGCACACAUGGGACGGACAAUGCUUUUGAUGCUACUGUUGCCAUGCUAAAGUCGCAGCGUACGAAACUCGACUUGAUGGCUGUUACACAAGGUACAGGCGAAAAUGCCACUACAAGGCUUUCGUUCUUGUCACAAUGCUAUGGAAUGAUUGCUGAUGCAGAUAUAGGUACGGAGCACUUGCGGUGGAUUGGCUCUAUUCGGUUCGAACUUGGGGUACUACAAAAGGUGCUUCUGAGGACCACUUAUCCUUGUGAGCUCUGGAUUGACUAUGCUACAGAUACCAAGCAGCAACUACGUGAGCACUACGAUGACCAUGUGGGAGUUGUGGCUCCAAUCUCAGAAAUCCUGUCGCUGGCUUUGAACUUGAAGUAUCCUGGUUUAGACUCACCACCUCCCACCGAAUGGGUCAAAGUCGACGACCAAGUUGCAUCCACCUUGAACCAAGUCUAUGUUGGAAAUCUCCCGUAUGUUUCCAAGGGAGCGCAAUUCUUCCCUGCCGCUCUUCCCAAUGAUCACCUCAUGGAUCUCAUCAUGACCACCUCCAAAUCAUCCAUCAUAGAUACGUUUUCCGCCAUACUAGCGGUCGAAAAAGGAACUCAUGUGCAUAAUAGCAAGGUAUUCCACGCCAAGAUUCGGGGAUACCGACUCAUACCGAAAAUCAAUAGCAAGGGCCAUUACAUUUCUGUCGAUGGUGAGAGCUUUCCAUUCGAGCCAUAUCAAGUCGAAGUCUUUCCAGGUAUUCUUACCAGUUUAUUGACAGAUUCCAAGUUUGUGGCCACCAGUUAUACAUCAUAG